AUGGAAGCGCUGAGUUUUCUCAGCGGCGCUGGCUAUGCCAGCAGUGCCAAGUACUUUGACAUCAGACUCGAAGACCGAUAUGUCGUCUUCCGCGGCAGCGAGCACGAAGCUGCCAGCGCCCAUUUGCGCGGCACCUUGGUGCUCUGUCUGUCGGAGCCGCUGAAUAUUAAACACUUGAAGCUGUCUCUGACCGGAAUGUCGCGCGUGUGCUGGCUCCUCCCCUCGAGCGCUACCACCGGUGGCCGCAAGCCAUACAAGGAAAAGGUCUUUUUCGAAAAAGUCUGGACAUUCCGCGAGGCUGGAAAGGGAAAAACCGAGAUUCUCCCCGCCGACAACUACGAGUUCCCAUUUGACGUCAUUUUGGAGGGGUCGCUGCCCGAGAGCGUCGAGGGCUUGCACGAUACCUGGGUUACCUACCGCUUCAAGGCCGAGAUUGGCAGGAAAUAUGUGCGCGACAUUGCUAUUCGAAAGCCUGUCCGCAUUGUCAGGACUUUGGACCCUAGUGCGCUGGAAUUGGCUCAUGCAAUGUCCGUCGAGAACAUCUGGCCCAACAAAAUCGAAUACUCCAUCAGCACCCCCAGCAAGGCCGUCAUCUUCGGCACCUCGGUGCGAAUCGACUUUCGUCUGAUCCCCCUGCUCAAGGGCCUGAAGAUCGGCCAGGUCACGUCGCAGCUGAUCGAGAGCCACGACCUAACCCUGAACCCGGACGACCCAGUGUCGGCGCAAAACACCUACAAAACGACCCGGACAAUCAAAACCGACGAGUACGAGCUGGACGAGAACCAGCAGCUCGAAAUCAUCGACGAGUCCGCCGAGGGAUUUCAGUUCUUCCGCUACCUGGAUUUGCCGCAGACGCUGUCGCGUUGUCUUCAGGAUACCGAUGUCAAGGGCAUCAAGGUCCGCCACAAGCUCAAGUUCCGUGUCCAGCUGCAUAACCCGGACGGGCACACUAGCGAGCUGCGAGCAACCCUUCCGGUCUCGGUGUUCAUUUCUCCAAACCUCGCCAUCGACGAUAACAACACCCUAGUCCAGCACGACCAGGAGGCAGCCCGAAGAGCAGUCGAGGACAUGACACAUUCAGCAGCACCGCCGCUUUACGGACAACACCAGUUUGACCAGCUGUACAGCGAAGUCGACGUGAGCGGAUACCGCACGCCCGGAGGCGCGAUGAGCGGCACAGUAACGCCAUUCGGCACGUUGAGCCGCAACAUAUCGUCCGAAGAUCUGACCUCGUUGAACGAAGCCGUUUUCAACGGCGAUAUCUCUGCCUCGGCACUGCAUAGUCGCCUCAGCCGACUGCACGCUGUUCACGGCAGCCACGCCUCUUCGCCAGGCACACAUGAUACCCACAACCACAACCACGAGCACAGUGCUGCUCCCCACGCCGCCGCUACAGACUACUUCAACCUGGGCCGACCACCAGCAGCCUCGUCAAACUCACAAAGCCCCGAGGGCCCCAGCCAGUCCGGCUCGCGGCGGGCCUCUGACGAGCACGACCGCGACCAGAUCGAUUCUGGUAUGACGUCCGGCGCCGCAACGCCGUACCACCCGCAGUCGUACGAAGUCGAGAAUCUCAGUCGCGUGCCAAGUUAUAGUACGGCCAUGCGGUCUUCGGCCAGAUCGCAAUACGACAACAAUCUGCCAGACUACCAGGCUGUCAUGUCCAGUUCGGCGCCACGUCCGCCGCCGAUGCCGCAGCAGGUGCAUCUGCGCGGUGGUGGCUUGCGACACCCGUGGAUGGGCACCGGUGUGCAGCAAGGGCGGGCACUUUUUUGA